AUGGAGACUGAGCCUGAGGACGAGCGGUCGGCCGGACACCCCACGCUGGCCUCCUCCUGGGACGCCGCGUGCGGGGCGCUGGGCCGGAGCCUCCGUGUCCGCGGAGCCCAGGACUCGGACUGGGAGGAGCUGCUGGCGCCGCCUGCCUCGGGCCGCGACCUGGUGAGUCUGCAAAGGAGUCCCAGGAGCCCCGAGGGAAAGCCCUGCGUCCUCUCCCUGAGCUGCACCCCGAGGGGAGGUGAAGAGAUCGUGUCUGUGGGCAUUUUAAGUUCAGCGAGAAACAUGGAAGUGUACUUGGCCGAGGAGUACUGUGGCACCAGUAGGGGCAGGAGUGUUGGUGAUGUGCUGGACUCCAGCGAACAAGAAAAAAUUAUUUUAUACAGAAAUUUUCUAAGACUGGAGCCCGCUGCCCGUGCGUGUAAAAUAAAGCUGCUCUCCUUCGGGGAAAAGCCGCGUGUGUUCGUCAGCCAGGUGGUGGUGCACGUGCGGCCCAGCCUGGCCAAGCCUCCCGCCAGCUCUGCUGCCCCGGGGCCCAGGGUGGACCUGGAGAGGGUCCACAGCCUGCUGGCGGCCAUGGGGUCCACGCUGUCCCCGGGGGCUCAGCAGCUGAUGAGUAUGGUCAGAUUCCAGCAGCAGCGCGGCAUUCCCCUGGGGGAGCAGCUGCAGGCGGUUUUGGGGAGCGCUGCCUGCCAGCAAGUGCUGGGCCUGCGGGCCUCGGCGCCCUCGGGAGCCUGGGACAGGCCGCCCUGUGCCCCUGCUCCUCUCAGAGCCGGGCCGACGGUGAGACGAGGGACUGAGGACUCGAACGCUCCCGGGGAGGAGAGCGCACGGCCCCCCGCGGGAGGGCCCCCCGCAGCCCUCGGAGAGAGGGACACCGCGCCCCAGAGCCUGCCUCUCCCCGGGGGGGAGCUGGACCUCCAGCUGGCGGCGUCUUUCCUACCAAGGACAGCGAGUGCCAGCCCCGGGGCCCCCGGCCCCGAGCUGCUGCCCAUCCUCCAGGACGUGUGCGGUCAGGUGCGCCGUCUCCGCGGGGCCCAGGACGCCACGUGGCCGGGACACGUCCCCACGCCCAGCGAAGGAGGCCUGGGUGCCGGGAUGGGAGAGCAGCCCGCCUGCUCCUACCUGGAGAGGAUUCUGUCUAAGAAGCUGGAGCUGAUGGAGAGGAGGCUGAUGGACCACCUGGAGGAGCGGCUGCGCGCCCUGCAGGAGCACCUCGACCGCCAGGUGGCGCUGCUGGCGCGCUCGCUGCACAGCCCAGGCUCCCCGCCCCUGUCCCCGCCCCCGGGGAUGCAGCUCCCCCACUGUGACUCCAGGGACACACUCUCCAAUGGGGAGAGAUAG